GUGAGCCUACAGCAGGAUGACGGAGAGCGGGGAGUGUGCCUUGCCUCACGGCUGCGGGCAGAGAUGGCGCCCUGAUGCCGGUGAAUAAGCAGAAAAACAGAGCAGAGGGAGGGGAGAAGGAUGCGGCCAGUUGGAGAUGAAGAGCUGCAUCAUUUAGAGCAUCGCAUGGCAGAAGAUGACUUUCUCUGGUGAUGAUGUCAACGCUUUUAGGACAUUUACGGAUGUUUAUUUAAUGCUAAUAUUUAUUUAUUUAUUUGAUGAGAUUUGAAGCAGCGCUGUGAUUUCCUCUGAGGGGAGGCGGUGGGGGUUUGUUGUCUACCUCAGCUGUUUCUCCCCCCGGCGGGGCUCUCUGCUCAGCCGACGCAGGGAGGAGAGGGCAGAGGGAGGGACAGGGGAGCGAUGGCUGCCGGUGGAGCAGGAUGCGGAGACACGGUGGAACAGUGCCGGGCCGAGGUGGAGCGCCUGACCCGGGAGCUGGCGGAGGCCAACCGCGAGAAGAUCCGGGCGGCGGAGUGCGGGCUGGUGGUUCUGGAGGAGAACCACAGCCUGAAACAGCAGUACGCCGACCUGGAGGCCGAGCAGGAGACGUUGAGGCUGGAGCUGGAGCAGCUGCAGGAGGCAUUUGGCCAGGCCUACUCCAUCCAGCGUAAGGUGGCAGAAGAUGGGGAGACCAACGAGGAAACGCUGCUGCAGGAGUCUGCUUCCAAAGAGGCCUACUACAUGGGCCGCCUACUGGAGCUCCAGUCAGCACUGAAGCACAGCCGGGCCACCGCCUCCAGUGCUCAGGCUGACAGUGAACAUCUGAGCACACUGCUGCAGGAGCUGAGGGAGCAGAGUAACGAGAUGUUGGAGCUGCAGCGAAGCCGGAUGCGAGAGGAGGUCAGAGAGUACAAGUUUCGAGAGACACGGCUGCUCCAGGACUACACCGAGCUGGAGGAGGAGAACAUCUCACUUCAGAAACUGGUGUCGACUCUCAAACAGAAUCAGGUGGAGUAUGAAGGCCUGAAGCAUGAGAUUAAGGUCCUGGAGGAGGAGACAGAGCUCCUCAACAGCCAGUUACAGGACGCGCUGCGUUUGAAGGACAUCUCAGACACCCAGCUGGAGGAGGCGCUUGAGUCGCUGAAGAGCGAGCGUGAACAGAAGAACCACCUGCGCAGGGAGCUGGUCCACCACCUCAGCAUGUGUGAUGUGGCCUACACAGGCAGUGCCCACCUGACAUUCACCUCCGCCCCACCCAGCGGCACCGCCACCCCCACAACUCUGCUUUCUCCACAGACAGAUGAGCCAAUGAGGUGUAACGGCCACCUCCAGGGUGGGACAGGAGCAGGGACAGCUGCAGGGUCGGUGCCCAGAGCUAACGGAGAGUGCCGAGGGCCGGGCCGGAAAGCUGAAGGGGCAGCAACAGCGGACCUUUUCAACGAGAUGAACAUGACAGAAAUCCAGAAGCUCAAGCAGCAGCUGAUGACGGUUGAACGUGAGAAGGUCUCACUAAUGACCAGUCUGCAGGAGUCUCAGACGCAGCUCCAGCACACCCAAGGGGCCUUGAACGAGCAGCAUGAAAAAGUCCUCCGCCUUAGCCGGAGAGUCACCACCCUCCGCCGCCUGCAUCGAAGGGCCCGCCUCAACCAGGAAGUCAAUGUCAGUGCCACUUCUCAGCUCAAUGCUGAGGCUGUGAUGGAGCUGUACAAGGAUGACUAUGAGGCUGAAGAUGAAGGAGAUACUGAUGAGGAUAAAAGUGAGACAAUGAACAAAAGUCAGGUAUUUUCAUACCAGACGCCAGGUCUGGAGAUCCUGCAAUGUAAGUACCGUGUGGCUGUGACAGAGGUGGUGGAGCUCAAAGCGGAGGUGAAAGUCCUCCGUGACAGACUGGCUCAGUGUGUAGAGGGAGCAGUGGAGGAGAGGCCAAGGCGAGGUGGUCAGCUCCAGAAAGUGGAGAGACAGGUGGCCUCACUGGAGAAGAGCUGCCGGGAGGGACGGGAGAAGAUUUCCAGCCUGGAGUUGGAGUUGCAGGCUGCUCAGUUAGCAGCCAACGAGAGCCAGGGUGCGUUGACCGCAGCUCAGGAUGAGUUGGUGACACUGAGCGAGGAGCUUGCCCAGCUCUACCACCACGUCUGCCUGUGCAACAAUGAGACACCCAACCGUGUCAUGCUGGACUACUACAGACAAGGCAGAGGGCUUCGAGGCCUCAGUGCCAGUCUUAAAGCCAUGUCUGCGGACAACAGCAAAGUUCUCCUCACACCACGCCUCGCCAGGCGGCUGGCCACUGUCGCUUCGACAACCUUAACUCCUUCGGAGUCACGGAGCCCCUCACAGUCUCCAUCCAAGGAGCCCCUAUCUGGGGAGGAGAGAAGAGAGGAGAAGGAGGGGGACAAGGAGGGCCUCCAAGUGCCCUCCGAGCAGAGCCUGCCGCCCUGCACGCCUCCGACCCGCUCACCCAGCAUCAGUGCCUCUUCAUCAUCAUCAUCAUCAUCAUCUCCUGCCCUGGAGCCAGCUGGUGAGCUGCGCAGGGAGCCCAUGAAUAUCUACAACCUCAACGCUAUCAUCAGAGACCAGGUGAAGCACCUCCAGCGGGCAGUAGACAGGUCUCUGCAGCUGUCUAGACAGAGAGCUGCAGCCAGGGAACUGGCCCCUCUGCUGGACAAGGACAAAGAAGGCUGCAUGGAGGAGAUCCUGAAGCUCAAGUCUCUGCUCAGCACCAAGAGAGAGCAGAUAGCCACCCUUAGACUGGUGCUCAAGGCUAAUAAACAGACGGCAGAGGGGGCUCUGGCUAACCUGAAGAGUAAGUAUGAGGCGGAAAAGGCCAUGGUCACUGACACCAUGAUGAAGCUGAGGAACGAGCUGAAGGCCCUGAAGGAAGAUGCAGCCACUUUCUCCUCUGUGCGGGCCAUGUUUGCCACCAGGUGUGACGAGUAUGUGACCCAGCUGGAUGAGAUGCAGAGGCAGCUGGCUGCGGCCGAAGAUGAGAAGAAGACUCUGAACUCCCUCCUGCGUAUGGCCAUCCAGCAGAAGCUGGCCCUCACCCAGCGCCUGGAAGAUUUGGCCUUCGAUCAAGAGCAGACCCACCGUACCCACGGGGGCAGGCUAAACCGCGCGAAGACCAGCACCCCCAAAAUCGUCAGUAGCCUUCUGCCACAGUGCCGCUCCUCCUUCCCUCCUCACAGCUGAGGGUUGGAGUCUCUUCAGCUCCUUUCACAGCAGCAGUGCGUCGACCCUCAUGGAUCACUGACCUUCAGUCCACCCACCACGAGUGCCUCGUGUCAGGCUUCCUCAGUCGCCUCUGUGUCCUCCAUCCCUAUGGAACACAACCCUUGACCCCUGACCUGUGACACUGUUGACCCUCAAGACUCGCCCAACAUUCUGUCCAGAGGAACUUGCUCACCUGAAAACUGUCCCACAAUGCCUCAACAGGGAGUACCUGGCUCACACUUCCAUUGCUUUGGGGAAGCAGAAAUGAUGAUAUGAGCCACAUGAACCGACACGGCCAUUGCCAGAACUGCACCACCUAUUUAUCCACAUAUUCAUCCAUUGGGGUGUUCUUAAUCAAAAUCAAAUUAAUCAAAUCCUCUUUUUUGUGUCACCCACAGUGGUUAUUGUGUGUGUCAGCAUAAACAUUUAUGUGUAUCACAAACAGUAUUGCACCAUACAAGUAUGUUAACCCUCAUGUGCAUUUCAUAAAGCAUGUGCAGCUGUAGAGGUUUAAGCUUUUCAUGCUUCAGUAAUUGCUGCUUCUUUUGAAUCCAUAUGUAAAUCACUACACUGCAUUUUUUCAGGUAUUUCCCUUUUACAUGUAUUAUUCCUAAACAUAAGUCUGCAUCUUCAUUACAAAAAUAUAAGUCAAGAAAAAACCCUGUAGGAUAAGCACAAACUGAAACAAUGCAUUCCAAGAACUUGUUGUAUGUGACUGUUAGCAUCAUAUCAAAAGCUGCAAAAAGCUGACAGUACAUCAGUAUUCAACAUGCUCUCUUUGUGUAGUUGACAGUGCUUGGAUGUAACUUCUAACAGAGUGAUCACAGUCAGCCUCCUCUGUGCUCUUUCACACUGUCUUUGUUAUCAAUCCACAAAUGCUGAUUCACUUAGAGCGCUCACUCAACUGCCAAAUGCUGAAGCCAGCAGGUCCCGACUGGAUAUGAGCUGAAGUGUGGGCAAAGAAUAAUGUGUAUCAUUUGAAAACAACUAGCGAUUGCAUCAUUGAACUUUACUUGACUUCCAGCUCUUAGAAAUAUAAACCCUCCAGGCUUUUUAUGCAGGGUGGAGUUUUUCACUUAUGAUCAGACUCUGACAUAAAGCCGAUGAUGAGUGGUCAUAAUGAGGGAGCUCACUCACUGAAUGACUUUUCCACACUGUUCUGUACUGAAAUAUAAAGGAGUCACAUCCUGCAAGUUUGCCUGCAUUAGGUACCACUCUGUCUCUGAGGUUACAGAUGGAGGCUUUUACAGCCUGAAUUCUGCAACACUUCAGUCACAAACAAGAGUGAAAAAUGAUUCAUUUUUAUUUCCAUGAUUUCACAAGACUGUGCUGUACUGUCAGGGUGUUGCUGUUGUUUACUUAAAACAAAAUGGAUCUGUGGCGAAGAGAUUAAUCAGCACUGAUAAGCAAUAUUGUUGUUUGUUUCAGAUAUUUCCCCCUAAAAGCCUGCCUUUCAAGUCAGAAAUAAACUACUCAU